GAGAGAGAGAGGGAGAGAGAGGCAGAGAGAGGGGAGAAGGUGGGAGAAGAGAGUGCGCAUGCGCGUGCGUGCCCAGACGACGGCCGUCGGUGGAUCAGCUGCUCAGUACGGUAGAGGCGGCACUGUCGGGCAAUCAAUCCAUUAGCAAGAUCCCUGCCCGCCGCCACACACAACGGCCACUGCUGCUGCUACUGCUGCUGCUACUGCUGCUGCUGCUACUGCCUUGUUGUUAGCUGGGCCAGCCUGCGGGCGGAAAUCAACACUAAAAUCGUCGGCAAUGGCCGCUGCACUGCACGUCGGCUGUACGGCCGUCGGUUAUCCACGCGACGACGUCGCCCGACGACGACCAGACGCCGACGCGAGCGAGCUGUGAUUUCGUCGAUCGUGCGUCGCUCCUCCGCUCCUCCGCUCUCACGGCGCCACGAUGAGACUGACGGUGCGUCGCGCGCUCGCCGUUAUCGUCUGCGCCGUCGUCAGCGUCGUCAUCGUCAUCAACGUCGGCACGCUGUCGGCGUGGCGCGACGGUAAGCGAACCCCCGAGCUACCGUGGGACGACGCAACCCUGCGGACCGCAGCGUUAGCGGCGGCGGCGGUGGCGCCACGCGACGUGCGUCCGCUCACGUACCUGCUGCCCCCGCCCGCCGACGUCGGCAACCACGUGUUGUCGUACAUGCCGAACCCGCUCGCCGCCGACGUGAUCUCGAUCGAGAACGACACGUCGAGGCUGUCGCAGCUUCUCGUCUGGCCGCAUCAGUCUGACUCGGACCGCAUCCCGGAACAGAUGAACUACGCACCUCGUGCGAAACCCAGCGAUGCGCACCUGAAGACGAUCUACGUGCAGACGGGUCUGAAAUACUGGAACGUCGCCGCCGGUCGGCACGUCUUCCAGGAGCAGAAGUGUCGCGUCGACACGUGCCGCGUCACCGACUCGCGUCACGACGCAGGCGACCCGGCCGCCGUGCUAUUCCGUAACCACUACAGCGCGCACGCGAUGACGGCCUUCCGACGCACGCCCUCUCAGGUGUGGAUCUGGUACCAGCUCGAGUGUCCCUACCACUCGCAGUGGCUCGGCAAGAUGUCCGGCGUCUUCAACUGGACGGCCACCUACCGGCACGACUCGGACAUCGUCGCCCCGUACGAACGCUACCAGCCGUACGACGCUCGCGUGCUCACGCUGCCACUACGGCGAAACUUCGCCGCAAACAAAACUAAGAAAGUCGCCUGGUUCGUAUCGAACUGCGGCAGCCGUAACAAUCGACUCGGCUACGCGACGGAGCUCGGCCAACACAUCCAGGUCGACAUCUACGGAAGCUGCGGACCGAAGAAGUGUGCGCGCCGUAAGCACGGCGAGUGUGUGAAGAUGCUGAACGUCGACUACAAGUUCUACCUGUCGUUCGAGAACUCCAACUGCAAAGACUACAUUACAGAGAAGUUCUUCGAUACGGGGCUGCGGAACGACAUUGUGCCCAUCGUCAUGGGAGCGAGCAAGGAGGACUACACGCGUGCCGCGCCCUACUACUCGUUCAUUCACGUCGACGACUUCGCCGGACCCGCCGAGCUAGCAGCCUACCUUCGCAAGCUCGACGCGAACGACACGCUCUACAACGAGUACUUUCAGUGGAAGGGCACGGGCACGUUCGUCAACACCUACUUCUGGUGUCGCAUGUGCGCGAUGCUGCACUACCCGACGAAGACGAAGUGGUACGAGGACAUUAACGACUGGUGGCGUGGCCAGGGCACGUGCGUCAAGGGAAAGUGGAGCGACGGAGGCGACGGCGCCGGUCUAGAUGUUCCCUACUAGUCGCGGGGGAAGGGCACUGUCAAUCUAGACUGCCACCACUAGUCGUGGGGAGAGACAUUGUCGAUCUAGACUGUCCACACUAGUCGUGGGGACGUUAUUUUAACUCUAGAGUUCCCGCACAUGUCGUGAGGAUGACAUUUACAGUCCAGUCUGCCCCAACCUGUCACGGGAGGCGCUGGUGGAAGUCUAAACUACCAUCCCGGCUGUGUGGAUGGCGAGCGUUGGUGCAUAGACUGCCCCUACUAGUCGUGGAGGAAGAUGACAUGCUAAGCGUGAGAGAAGACGGAAUGCGGAGGAGAAAUUGAUACAAUGAUAUAUCAGACAAGGAUCCCCGCCCGUCUGUACAUGUUCCUAUGUGGGAGGGGGGUGGGGUGCACUCAUAACGUAGCCCUCUGUGGCUAUACAGGGGUGCGGGAGAA